GAACCAAAGGCUAGUGUACGAAGGUUUUGGAGCAGAGGAACUUUAGAGCUGUGAUUUGAGUCGGGGGAACAUUCGCAAAGUGUUUUCGAAAGGCUAGCUAAGGAGAAAACCAAGUUGGUGAUAUGCCGGUGGAGCAAGCUUUAGAUGGAGGAUCGACGGAAGAUUAGUUAUAAGAAUGAGACUUAUAUUUUUAGUCUCUAUUUUAAGCUUGAAUUGUAUUUAGUUUGAAUUAUGAGUGAGGGUUUGUAUAAUAAUGAGGAAAACUGUUAUUCCUCCUCCUAUCAACUGUUCUAUUGUAUCAAUGAUGUAAGAACUCUAUUAUAGUUUAAUGCUAUAAUAAUUGGGAUGUUACAUUAAUGGUAUCAGAGCAGUUCCUUUCCCCUAGGAAUCCUGUAGGUUAUGAAGAUAUCAUAUUUUAGUUGUGUGAUCUUAGUUGUGUCUUCCGAUUAUAGGAAUUAAAUUUUAGACUAAUGGUUCCUCUCUUUGGACAGAACCAUGGCAUCCAGACCUUCUUCUCCUCCUUCACCUGUACGGUCUGAUGUUUCUAAUCUGGUAAGAGUAAUGGAAUCAUUUGUGGUGGCGAUGCAGCAGCAGAAUGCAUCCUUGAUGCAACAUAACACCAUGGCAUUACAACAAUUGAAAGCUGCUAGGGUGUCAGCCGAGGCACAACAAAGGCAAUAUGUGGAAUUAAUGAACGGUGGUGCAAGAAUUUCCACUGACCAUUUUUAUAUUCCACCUACUCCAAUACAUGAAUGGAGCCUGGAGAAUUUUCUUCAACACCAUCCAGCUAAAUUCUGUGGCAAUACUAGUGCAGAUGAAGCAGACCAAUGGUUUAGAGAUAUGGAGAGGAUUUUCAAUGCCAAAAACUGCCCAGAAGAGAAUAGAUUGGCUUAUACUGAAUAUUUAUUAUCAGGAGAGGCCAGUCACUGGUGGACCAGUACAAGGACAUUGUUGGAAAGGAGUGGUACCCCGAUCACCUGGAACUUAUUCAAGAAGAAGUUCUAUGCGGAAUAUUCCCUUGACAGUGUAAGGUUUACCAAAGAAGUGGAGUUUCUUCAGCUAGUGCAAGGGGGAAUGUCCGUGACAGAAUAUGCUGAUAAGUUUAAGCAUCUGAUCCGCUUCCACACUCUGGAUAUGGAUGAAGAAUGGCAAUGUAGGAAGUUUGAAAAUGGCCUUCGAGGAGAUAUCAAAUUGCUAGUAAAAGGUUUAUGUAUUAAGGAGUUUCCUACAUUAGUGGAGAGGGCCAAAGUGUUAGAAAAGACCAAGAAUGAAGUGCAAAAUCAGCAAAGACAGCCACAGAGGAUUGGUGGACCAUCUGGGUCCAAGUUUAGUCAUGGAGACAAGAGGAAGCCCUAUUCUAAACCUCCUUUUCAAGCAAUCAAAGGACCUUCGUUUCAUCCAUCAGGUCAAGUAGGACAAUCUAGCGUGGUGAAGUGUUUUCGCUGUGGAGGACCACAUUAUAAGUCUGUUUGCCCUCAAUUAGUUGGUCCGAUGAAGUGUUAUACCUGCGGGAAGGAGGGACACUUUGCCAGGAAUUGUCCCACAUCUAAAGGAUCAAGGCUUCAACUACCAACUAAUCAGCCUCAACAGAUGGCAGAUACCAAACCUCAGGCUGUGGGCAGAGUGUAUGCGAUGACCGGAGCGGAGGCAACUGGGCCAGGUAAUCUUAUCAUCGGAAAUUGUUUAUUAUUUGGGAAAGCUUGUUGUGUUUUGUUUGAUUCUGGAGCAACGCACUCCUUUGUGUCUGAUGAUUGUGUGAGAAAGUUGGGACUAACUGUGAGUGAGCUACAGUAUGACCUAAUAGUAUCUACUCCAGCUUCUGGCUUAGUUAAGACAUCUCUAGCAUGUACUAGAUGUCCUAUAGUAGUAGAAGGACGUCAAUUUAGAGUUAAUCUUAUCUGCUUACCUCUACAAGGUUUAGAGAUAAUUUUUGGAAUGGAUUGGCUAACUUCCAAUCACAUUCUCUUAGACUGCGGUGCAAAAAGAUUGUUAUUUCCUCAAGAGGAAGAGUCGAGGAUAUUAUCUUCGGGGAAAUUGUGGCGCGAAGUACAAGAAGGGUCAUGUUGCUUCAUAGUGUUGACACACAUGGAGGUUAAUUAG